AUGGUAGGAAUUGUCUGCUUCACGUGCCCCGGCCUGUACAAUGCCCUCCUUGGUCUCGGAGGCGCAGGAAGGAUAGACCCCGCGAUUAACGACGACGCAAAUGCGGCGCUCUAUGCUUCGUACGCGUUCUUCGCGUUCUUCGCUGGGUCUGUCAACAAUGUCCUCGGGCCAAGACUUACUCUAUUCCUUGGUACCACGGGUUAUGCCCUCGGCCUGGGUUCCUACCUCGCGAUGAACAUUCAUCCAAAUGUGGGCGGUUUCGUGAUAGCCGCCGGAGCCUACGAGGGGCUUUGUGCGGCUUUGCUUUGGACCGCCGAAGGUUGUUUCAUGUUAGCGUAUCCCACUGAGUCCCAGAAAGGAAUGUUUAUCGGCGUCUUCUGGUCGAUAUUCAACAUGGGGGGUGUCGUAGGCGCAUGUGUGUCUCUUGGACAGAACUUCAAUUCUGAGAAUCUAACAACGCCCAUAGUCGGCAAUGGCACCUAUAUUGGCUUGCUCGUCAUCAACAUCUUGGGCGUCUGCCUUCCGUUGUUCCUGGCCGACCCAAACAAGAUGAUCCGCACUGACGGCAGCAGAGUGAAGACGCCCCGCCAGCCGACAUGGAAGUCUGAAUUCCGUGGCUUAUGGAUUGCCCUCAAGACUGAUCCUCUCGUUAUCAUGCUCUUCCCGAUGUUCUUUGCCAGUAUCUGGUACUAUACUUGGCAAUUCAACGAUUACAACGGGACACUGUUCAACAUCCGAGCGCGUUCACUCAACAAUCUUGUGUACUGGCUCGCUCAAAUCUUCGGCUCUCUUAUCGUAGGAUUGAUACUGGAUUGCACGCGGUUAACCCGCAGACAUCGAGCGUUCAUAGGCUGGACCAUACUGCUUUUCCUCGUGUUCUUCGUUCACGGCUGGGCAUAUGUCUACCAACGGGGUUACACUCGGGAAUCCAUCGCGCUUACCACAAAUCGCAUGGAUGUUUACGACCACGGAUAUACGGGACGCAUCCUCCUGUACACUCUCUGCGGCGUAUUGGACUCCGUCUGGCAAACGACGACGUACUGGAUACUGGGCACCAUGUCGAACGACCCCGCAAAGCUCGCGUAUUUCACGGGUUUCUACAAAUCGAUCCAAGCAGCCGGCUGUGCAGGCGCUUUCGCCGCAGACGCCGUCAAACUCCCGUACAUGAAUAUUUUCGCGUCAACAUGGGCCUUACUGGUGGCUGGCCUAAUAUUCACCUUACCUAUGAUUCACAUGCGCGUGAACAACCAUACGGAUGAUACGGACGAACUCGAGUAG